UAAAAUAAUGGGAUAACUAUUAAUUUACUAAAGUUUAAAUAAUUAUAAAAUUGUUUCAAAAAAAAAAAAAAAUUAUAAAAUUUAAACAAUUCAGGAAGGUUCUACACCUUAUAUUUUAGUCAAAUCUUAACAAUGAUAAUUUGUGUUUAAUGCAAUUGCUGUGAUAAGUCACAGUUGACUGAUUGACCCAACCUAUUAUUGUUUGUCUAAAUUAUCUUUCCUGCCCUCCACGAAGGUGUAUAAGCUUUGAAAGUCGAUCAAUGUCAAUAAUAAAGAUAAUUCUGCACAAGUUUUAAAAGGCUAAGGUAAGGUGGGAAGGAUGGUAAGAAUUGAAGCAACAAACAGAUUUUGAUUUGGCACCUAUCCAACCCAAGUCCGGGCCCGGAAACGGUCCACAUAAUUUGUAGACAAUAGCUGACCAUGACUAGUCCUCUUUUAGGUCUGAACUAAAGGCAAGAACAAACUCCAAACAAACAGUCUGUAGCCACCAGCAUUUAAAGAAGACGGUUACAUGUGAGUUUUACAAGAACGAGUUCAUCCGAGCUGUGGUUCUGCUGUAGCAAGUUGAAAGUUCUAACCUUUAAAAAAAUAACAUUAGUAGGUCGUUACCAAGAUUAUUAAGGUUAUCCUGUAUGUAUUCUAUGAUUAGGAUUAGAAAAAAUCGCGAAUAUAAAAGAUUAAAGACAGAGUAGGAUGCACAUCACACGGUUGGAAAUCAACGAAAGGUCAAAAAAAUACAGAAAUUAACAAUGCAACACCUCAAAACUAAUCAAUACAACUAAGAAAUCUUAGCAGGCGUGGGACUUGCACUUAAACACCUAAAUACCUUCAUGGUUAGCACGUUUAAUGGGAUAUGUCCCACAUUAAAGAAAAUACCCUAAAAAAACAAAAUACACCAACCAGAAAAUCACACCCUAACUUAAACAGUGGAGUCUCAAAGUCUUCAGAGAAUCUAAACACAAAGGUGAGCACGUCUUACGCCUCUAAAUGUAUGCCUCACCACAUUCUGUCCUAUUCUGUCAUUUCACUUGCAAAGUUGACUAAGCCCUUCUAAAGAUAUACCAUAUAAUUAUGAUAUUAGUUAUUAUUAAUUAACAGAUUAUGUCCCCUUUGUCAGAUAUAUAAGAAUAUAACUAUAUAAAGUAUAGUUUUCUGAACAUUCUUGUUGGUUAUAUUCAAAUCUGAAAACACUUAAGUUUUCUUUGUACUGUCAUUGCCUUCAGAAAGAAAAGAGAGAAUGGUGAGAGUACAUACCAAAAUUCCGGGAUCCUGCUUUAAAAUAAGUAAAGCUCGGAUUCGUUCACCACCGCUGCAAUCCAAUCCAGCUUAUAAUUCUAUCAAAAGUGACAAGAGUGAGUAUUUUGAAAAUGAGUGUGGAUCGAGCUUCAGCAGUGAAGAAAAUUCUGAAAAGGGUGAACCCAAGGAGGGAAACAGGAUCAUGAUUGUUGUAGAUGCAACCUUACAGGCUAAGGGUGCUCUUCAAUGGGCAUUAUCCCAUACUGUUCAAAAGGAGGACACUGUUAUUCUUCUUCAUUUAGCCAAGCCAACAAAAUGCGAUUCACAUACUGAGAGUGAAAUUGAUCCAAAAGCUUAUGGACUUCUUUACUCUCUGAGAAGCGUCUGCCAAUCCAGAAGACCUGGGGUACAGGUGGAAAUAGUAGCACUUGCAGGGAAGGAGAAAGGUCCAACAAUAGUGAGCCAAGCAAAGGAACAUAAGGCAUCAUUACUGGUACUAGGACAUAGAAAACGAUCAAAAGCAUGGAGAUUUUGGAUGAGAUGGACAGGAAGAAAAAGAAGCGUUGUAGAUUACUGCAUCCAAAAUGCUGAUUGCAUGACAGUUGCUGUAAGGAGGAAGAGCAAAAAACUAGGUGGCUAUUUGAUUACCACUAAGCGUCAUAAGAAUUUCUGGCUCUUGGCCUAGCUUUCUUAUUUAAAAACAGUAGGUUCAAUGAAGGUUUGGCCUCAAACCCUCAAAAGGGGGUUUGGUGUUCAUAAAUCAUUCAAUUAUUGUAAAUCUGAAAAUUUCAUCCAUAGUCACUCUAUUCAAAAGUGAAUGUCUCACUUUCAAGUCUCAGGUCACUUAUCCGUUAAAUUUUUAAAAUGAGACAUGGAAGUGAGAGACCACUUUUAAGCAGGAGUUAGUUUUAUCUCAGAACCAAUUAGCCAUGGCAACAAUAACUCCCUAGGCUUAUAAGUUGGUUAUGUUUCACCUCUUCUUCUACAUGAGACAACUCACAUGCACAAGACAUCUGUUUAUGAUGCAACCCUGCCCCCUCAAAUCAAAGUGUGCUUUAUGCAUGAGCAAACUAGAAAGGUAAACAGUAGCUAUUGUCGUUGGGGUUGAACAUUUGCAUGAUCAAAGGCCCAAAUUUAUCAUAAAACCAACUUUGAAUUUGACACUAAGCUAAAUUUUUGAAAGCAGAUAUAAAAUGGGCCUGCACACUCACGAAAAAAGAGAGAAUUGUUACAAACUUAAGUGAGAGGUUUUAUCUGUAAUAAUUGGCAAGGGGAGAAGCAAGGCCUCAAUUUUUAAGGCCCUUAAUUCUCUCUUGUCUACCAUGGGACAACUCACAAGUGCACAAAAUAUAUACAUGGGGAUCAAGAGAAUCAACCAUGUAAAUAGGACUAUACAACAAAGAUCAGAGAAUAAUCUACCAACUGUUUUAGAGCAGCACAAACCGAAGUCUGAUAAAUUUCUGAGAAUAAUGGCAAAUCAAUGAAGUUUCGGCUAUUCACAGUUCACAUUUUAAAGUGCAAUUCUAGAAACAAAGUUUGAAUUAAAAAUUUAUAACCUCCAAAAAUUAAAAUAAAUACUUGUAUAAAAUUAAAAAGAAAGUAAAUAGCUAAAUAUACUCAGAAUUCAGAUCCCCAUUAAAGGUUAGCCUCACUAAUAUGAGGCUUGGUAACCCUAACCAAGCAUUCUUUAAGAGAUUUGGAUAAUCCUAUGACUCAUAUCAAAGUAAUUAAAUUGAAACUUAAGCUUAUGCUACCGAAAUUCAAAGAAAUAACCAGUCAAAACUCAAAAACCAAUUGUUCUUGCUGAAAGAAUGAUAGAUAUAACUCAGGUCUCAGAAGAUCCAAAAUUGAGUUCUGCUUUACUAAUAUGAAAGUGUUAAUGCAGUUCAGAACCUAAGGUUAUUUUUCAUCAUUUGCUUUCCUACGGGUCAAGAGAAACAAUAAAUCAAUAUGUCCUAUCCUCUCGAUUUUUUUGUCAACAAAGCCAGUGUACUUAAAAUUUAGCCACAAAGGACUUUCUUAUCUGUAAAUUACCUACAAUCUUACUAUAUAGUUGAUAUUUGGCCAAACAGUACCUAUCCUUGAAAGCAUCAAUGGGACCUUUGGAUUCAUCAUUCUUCCAUCAAGAAAACUGUCAGAAACAGAGUGACAGCUACAGAAAUCAAAAUUCAAAGCUGGUUUACCAGCAAACUUCUCAUGUUACUUUACAGAUAAGGUAUAUGGGUCAUCACAAUUUUCUACUAGCAUUUCUUUGUAAAAGAGAAUUGGCCUUUUUUUUUUUUUUUUUUUUUUUGAGAAUUGGCCUUUAUUAGGUAUAUAGAGCCGGACAAAAGGGCAAAGAGGCUCAUCCUGGAUAUUUGUUUUUAGUGUAUACAAAGACUUGAGUACAGUAUCUAAGUUUUUGUUUUCCUCCCAUUUAGUUAUUUCAG